AUGUCGCGCGCCCUCUUCUUUCUGUUGGCCGUUGCCCUCCUCCCCAUCGCCCUCUGCGCGAAGGAGGAGACCGAAGACCUCGGACCAGUUAUUGGCAUCGAUCUUGGAACAACCUACAGUUGCGUCGGCGUUCUCGAGAACGGCAAUGUUGAGAUCAUCCCCAACGAUCAGGGAAAUCGUAUCACACCCAGUUAUGUCGCCUUUGCCGACGCCACUUCUGAGCGUCUCGUCGGAGAUGCUGCCAAGAAUCAGGCCGCCUCCAACCCGCUCAACACCGUCUUCGAUGUGAAGCGCCUCAUCGGCCGCCGCUACAACGAGCCCACGGUUCAGCGCGAUAAGAAGCUGCUUCCCUUCCGCAUUGUCGGAAAGGAUGAAAAGCCUCACGUCGAAGUUGAGAUCAACGGUGAGGACAAGGUCUUCUCCCCGGAGGAGAUAUCUGCUAUGGUCCUUUCAAAGCUAAGGAAGACCGCAGAGGACUUUUUAGGCAAGAAGGUCACCCGUGCAGUCGUCACAGUUCCGGCCUACUUUAACGAUGCCCAGCGCUCUGCUACCCGUGAUGCGGGCGUCAUUGCUGGUUUGGACGUCCUUCGUAUCAUCAACGAACCUACCGCUGCCGCUUUGGCCUAUGGACUGGACAAGACAAAAGAGGAGGAGGAGAAGAAUAUUCUCGUCUUCGAUCUUGGUGGCGGUACUUUCGAUGUCACCUUGCUCACCAUUGACAAGGGCGUGUUCGAGGUCCUUGCUACCAAUGGUGAUACCCAUCUCGGAGGAGAGGACUUCGAUCAGAGGCUCAUGGAGUACUUUGUCAACCUUUGGAAGCGCAAGCAUGGCGAUGAUAUGAGCAAGGAUAAGCGUGCCCUGGGCAAGCUCCGCCGUGAAGUCGAGAAGGCGAAGCGUGAGCUAUCCUCCAAGACGCAAGUCCGCGUUGAAAUUGAGGCGCUCUUCGGCGGGAAGGAUCUUUCCGAGACUCUCACUCGUGCCAGGUUUGAGCAGCUCAACGAGGAUCUGUUCAAAAAGACUCUCAAGCCGGUCAGCAAGGUCGUCAAGGACUCUGGCCUUAGCAAAGAUGAGAUUCAUGAAAUCGUCUUGGUCGGAGGAUCCACCCGUAUCCCCAAGGUCAAGGAACUUGUCAAGAGCUUCUUCGACGACAAGGAGCCGCACACAGACAUCAACCCUGACGAGGCCAUUGCCUACGGUGCCGCUAUUCAAGCUGGUAUUUUGUCUGGCGAUCGUGAUAUCCUGAAGAAGAACCUCGUUCUCCUUGAUGUCACUCCACUUUCGUUGGGUAUCGAGACCCUAGGAGGUGUCAUGAGCAAGAUUAUCAAGCGGAACACUGUUGUCCCGACGAAGAAGAGCGAGUCCUUCACCACGACCGUUGACAAUCAGGACACUAUUGCUGUCCACGUUUAUGAAGGUGAGCGUGCGAUGACCAAGGAUUGUCACCUGCUUGGUCAAUUCGAUCUCACAGGCCUUACACCGGCACCGAAGGGCCAGCCACAGGUCAUCGUCACCUUUGACAUUGACGAGAACGGUAUCGUGAAGGUUUCGGCAGAGGACAAGGGCUCGAAGAGCAAAAAGGAAAUCACGAUUGAGGACCGCAACUCCGGUCGUUUGUCGGAGGAAGAGAUUGAAAGAAUGGUUCGUGAGGCCGAAGACUACGCGGAUGAGGACGCUGCAGUUUCUGCAAAGGUGGACGCGAAGCAUGACCUUGAAAGCUACAUCGCUAGCCUCAGAUCCAAGAUCGACGCGAUGGGUUCCAAGUUGGCUUCUGACGAUAAGUCAGAUAUCGAUAGCAGCAUCAGCGAUGCUGAGACGUUCGUUCGCAACAUUGAUUUCUCCUCCACUGAAGUUGAUGCGAUCGAGGAACGCCGCAAGACACUGGAGGAGCAAGCAGUGCCCCUGCUUGGACCCGGUGCCGGUUACCAAGGCAAGGAUGAACUCUAGGUAAGAGACUCGUCCUCUAUGUUUUUCCGUAUUUCGAGAGAUCUGGUUGGGAGAUGCAUGUCUCUCUUACCUAGGCAGGUAUUGCGGCACUGCUUGAACUCUUAGUUAGUCGUGACUGUCUAAUCAAUCUAGCAAGACUAGGGAAAUUCUGCGGGGUAUAACAUUGAACAGGGAGAGUCCGUAGAUUACAACUAAAGAAUCCCGCGAGAGUUUUGCGGUUACUCCAAGCCUAGCAUCACUUUUUUUGAGACUGCGGUGA